AUGAGAGCACCAACGGCCGCUUUUGGGCUGGACGCGGUGGAUGGGGCCCGUGCUGCUGCUGCUGGCGGCGGCUGCGCUUGCGCUGUCGGAGCCGGUUGCCGGUACCGGAGGGGGGGGGGGGGCGGCUCCGUCUCCUCUUCACCCCCCCCCGGUGCCGCCUCCGGUGCAGCGGCAGCGGCGGCUGCGCCCGAGAGUGUCCCAACGGGGACCCGGAGGCGUUGGAGAGCGGAGCCCCCCCCCCCCGCGGGCAGCGGCUUCCGCCUCGUGCUGUGCCCGCUGCUGUGCCAGAACGGGGGGGUCUGCGCGCGCCCCGACUCCUGCCUCUGCCCCCCCCACUUCACGGGGCGCUUCUGCCACCUCCCGGCCAACGGCACCGGGGGGGGGGGGGGGCCCUCAGGGGGUCCCCAAGCCCUCACCAGGUCCGUUUACACCCUGCCCUUGGCCAAUCACCGGGAGGAAGAGGAUGGUGCGCAGUCCAUGGUCAGUGUCCAUGUACAGCACCCCCCCGAGGCCUCUGUCACCAUUCACCACGUGGAGCGGGUGCGGGGGGGGCGCAGGGAGGAGCCCCCCCACCCCCCCCCCCAAACGGUGCCCAGAGCCCCCCCACCCCCCCCCGGCCGAGGGGACCUCCGGGGGUCCCCCAAUGGGGAGGGGGCUGCGUACGGGCGAUGCUUCCGGGAGAUGAGGGGGGGCGAGUGCAGCUCCCCCCUCCCCGGCCUCCGCACCCAGGACAUUUGCUGCCGGGGGGGGGCCGGUGUGGCCUGGGGGGUGCACGAGUGCGAGCCCUGCGCUGAGCUGCCCCAGUUGGAUGCUCCCUGCCCGCCGGGAUUCCAGCUCCAGAACGGGUCCUGUGAGGACGUGGAUGAGUGCGGUCGGGGCGGGUUCUGCCGCAAUGGGAUCUGCACCAACACCCGCGGGAGCUUCGCGUGUCUCUGCCCCCCUGGAUUCCUGCUGGAUGCAUCCCGGUCCAGCUGCAUCUCCCAGCAGGUGCUGUCCGAGGCGCGGGGUCCCUGUUUCCGGGUGCUGCGCUCCGGGCGCUGUGCCCUCCCCACCCUAAGGAACAUCACGCGCCAGAUCUGCUGCUGCAGCCGCGUGGGCAAGGCCUGGGGGGGGUCCUGCCUGCGCUGCCCCCCCCCCGGCUCGGAGGGCUUCAAGGAGAUCUGCCCCGCGGGCCCCGGGUACCAUUACUCCGCAUCCGACCUCCGCUUCAAUGCCCGGUACCUGGGGCAGGAUUUGCCCCGUGUGCCCCUCGGGCGGCCCCGCACCAGCACCGCCGCCCCCCCGGCCACGCCCCCAUGGCACCAGGAGCAGCAGAUGGGAUCGGGACCAGGAUCGGGACCAGGAUCCGGACCAGGAUCGGGACCGGGAUCAGGACCAGGAUCGGGACCAGGAUCGGGACCAGGAUCGGGACCGGGAUCCGGACCAGGAUCAGGACCGGGAUCAGGACCAGGAUCAGGACCAGGAUCGGGACCAGGAUCAGGACCAGGAUCAGGACCGGGAUCCGGACCAGGAUCAGGACCAGGAUCAGGACCAGGAUCAGGACCAGGAUCCGGACCAGGAUCAGGACCGGGAUCAGGACCAGGAUUGGGACCGGGACCGGGUUCAGGACCAGGAUCAGGACCAGGAUUGGGCCCCCCCCCCAUUGUCACCCCAUUACCAGCAACCACCACAAGGCCACCGCGGCCCCCCCAUGAGCCCCCCCCAGCCCCUGAGGUCAUUGUGGUGCCCAGACCCACCAUGGGGCUACUGGGACCCAUCCCCACACCGGAGGCACCAGCGGGCACCGUGUGCGAGCGGAACCCGCAGCUCUGUGGCCCUGGCCGCUGUGUCCCACACCGUGGGGGUUACUCCUGCCGCUGCCACCCUGGCUUCUGGCUCAGCACCCAGGGCACCCACUGCAUUGAUGUGGACGAGUGCCGCCGCAGCCCCCGGCCCUGCACCCAUGGGCGCUGUGAGAACACGGUGGGGAGCUACCGGUGCCUGUGCCAUGCCGGGUACCAGCCCAGUGCCGCCGGCACCGAGUGCCAAGAUGUGGAUGAGUGCGCACAGAGCCCCCCCCCCUGCACCCAUGGGCGCUGUGAGAACCUGCCCGGCUCCUACCGGUGCCUCUGCCCCACCGGCUACCGCGCCGCGGCACCGGGAGAGCCAUGCCAGGACAUCGACGAGUGUGAGAACGAGGCUGCGUGCCCGGGCCAGGAAUGCCUCAACACCGCAGGCUCCUUCCAGUGCCGGCCCUGCCGGGGGGGCUUCCGCCCGCACCGCGGCCGCUGCACAGACAUCAACGAGUGCCUGGAGGGGGAUUUCUGCUUCCCACAUGGGGAAUGCCUCAACACCGAGGGCUCCUUCACCUGCCUCUGUGCACAGGGAUUCACCCGCACGGCCGCGGGCACUGCCUGCAUUGACAUCGACGAGUGCCAGCGCGGGGUCCUCUGCGCCGGCGGCCUCUGUGUCAACACCGACGGCUCCUUCGAGUGCCGCUGCCCCCCGGGGUUCCGCACCGACGCCGAGCAGGCCCAGUGCCAUGAUGUGGAUGAGUGCCGGGAGUAUGGGGGGAGCCUGUGUGGGGCUCAGCGCUGCGAGAACGAGCCCGGCUCCUACCGCUGCGUCAGCGAGUGCCAGCCCGGCUACCGGCGCGACCGCGGCGGACACUGCGUCGACGUAGACGAGUGCUCCCACAACGGGACCCUCUGUGGGGCCCACGCCUCGUGCCUCAACCUGCCCGGCUCCUUCCAAUGCGCCUGCGACCCCGGCUACGAGACCGCUCCCCACGGCCACCACUGCGUGGACGUGAACGAGUGCGAGUCCCUCCGUGGGGUGUGUGGGUCCGAGCGCUGCGAGAACGCGGACGGCUCCUUCCUGUGCCUGUGCCCCGACGGCGGCCACGAGUUCGACCCGGUCACGGGGCGCUGCGUGGCCCCGCCCCCCUCGGCAGGCCCCGCCCCCUUCCCCGCUGCCGGCCCCGCCCCCUUCCCCGCGGCCGUGCUCAGCAGCGCCCCCAGCGGCAGCGCCGGGUGCUACAGUCGGGACUGCAGGCGCAUGGCGCACAGCGCCACCCAGCGGCAGUGCUGCUGCAGCCUGGGAUGGGCAUGGGGGGAGCGCUGCCCGCCCCCCCCCGGCGGCCGCUGCCCGCAGCCCGGAUCACAGGACCACGACGCCCUCUGCCCGCACGGGCCCGGGCGCGCUGAGGACACUGAGGGAGACCCCGUAGACGUGGAUGAGUGCUCUCUGUUCACGCCGCUGCUCUGCCGGGGGGGGGUCUGCGUGAACGCGGCCCCCGGCUUCAGCUGCUACUGCCCCAGCGGCUUCUACUAUGAACCGGAGCAUCUGCAGUGCGUGGACAACGACGAGUGCUCUGCGGCGGAGUCGGAGCCGUGCGUGGGGGGGCUCUGCACCAACACUGUGGGCUCGUUCCACUGCUCCUGCCCCCCCCCGCUCGUCUUGGACGCGUCCCAGCGCCGCUGCGUCCACAACGACUCGAGCCUGGAGGCGGCGCAGGACGUGUGCUGGCAGGAGGUGGGCGCGGACCUGGUGUGCGCGCGCCCGCGCGUGCACGCGCCCAUGACGUACAGCGAGUGCUGCUGCCGCUACGGGCAGGCCUGGGGCAUGGAGUGCGCGCUCUGCCCCGCCCCCGGCUCAGAUGACUUCGAGCUCCUGUGCAACGUCCUGCGCCCCCCCAGCUACGGCCCCCCCCUGCCCCCCCCCGCCUAUGAGUACGCCCCCGACUUCGCCCCCCCCUUCGGGCUCCCCUUUGGUUUCUUCGGGGGCCCCCCCCACGCCCCCCCCCCGUUCUUCCGCCCCGAUUACGACCCCUAUGGCAUCGACCGCGGGCGGGGACCCCGCUAUGAGCCCCCCCCCGGCCCCCCCUGGGCCCUGCAGCCCCACGGGGACCCCCCCCGCGGGUACCCCGAGGAGCGCGGGGGGGGCGAGGAGGAGGAGGAGGAGGAAGAGGAGGAGGGGGAGGAAGCGGACCCGGCGCAGUGCGCGGUGCUCAGCGGCUGCCACCACGGGCGCUGCGUGCGCGUCCCCGACGGCUUCACCUGCGCCUGCGACCGCGGCUUCCGGCUCGACCCCGCGCGCCUCGACUGCGUGGACGUGGACGAGUGCGCACUGGGCGCCCCCUGCCGGCCUGGAGGAUGCAUCAACACCCCCGGCUCCUUCCGCUGCCUCUGCCCCCCCGGGCACGCGCCCGCGCCGCGCCCCCCCCCCCGCGCUGCGUGCGCGCGCCCCCCACCCUCCCCCCGCGCCUGA